UCACUUCCCUGGCUUCACACCAUUUCUGUGUGAUCAAAGAUGAGCUGCAGAACGACGACGUUUUGGACCCGGAUACUCCGCAAUCAACUGCGGUUCACCAGUAGUAAGCCACCAUCUUCCGCCGCCGGCGCAGCCAAGGAACCAUUUUUCCGGCACCCAUUUCCGCCGCAUUCCGUACUAACUCCUCGUUUCUUCUCUACGGCGUCCUACAACCGGACACCGUCAGCGGAGAGGGUAAUUCAAGAGUUGUUGCUUGACGUGGAAAGGGACAAGCAAAGGGAAAAGGAAGAAAGAAAGAAGAAAGGAUUAGAUACAGCUGAUAUUGAUGCUGAGGAGAAUGAGGAUUCCAUGGGUGUUGGUCCAUUAAUUGAGAAGCUUGAGAAGAAGAAGCUCAAGGAGGAGAAAUUUAGCUUUGAGCCUACGGAUUCGGAUUCGGAAGAUGAUGAUGAGAGGUGGACUCCUGAUGCUAUUAACAAAAAAUGGGAAGUUUUUGAUAAGAAGUUUAAACGACAUGAAGAGCUUCUCAAGAACUUCACUGAUGCAGAGACACUUGAUGAUGCAUACAAAUGGAUGAAUAGAAUUGACAAGUUUGAGCAAAAGCAUUUCCGGCUGAGACCAGAGUAUCGGGUGAUUGGUGAACUGAUGAACCGCCUUAAAGUGUCUGAGGGUAAGGAAAAAUUUCUUCUGCAGCAGAAGGUGAAUAGGGCCAUGCGAAUGGUGCAGUGGAGGGAAGCUUAUGAUCCCAACGACCCAGAGAAUUACGGACUUAUUCAACAUCAGCAGGUGGGACCCUCUGUAGAUCUUUUAGAACAUGCUGGGUUUGAAAAGGAAAAGGGGAUGAUUCAAGGAGGAGAUGAUGAUGACGACAUAGAGUUUGAUGACAUGAAAGAGAAGGAUGAUAUAUUGUUAGAGAAGCUCAAUGCCAUUGACAGGAAACUUGAAGAAAAGCUGGCUGAAUUGGACCACACCUUUGGGAAAAAGGGUAAGCUUUUAGAAGAGGAAAUCAGAGAUCUUGCUGAAGAGAGGAACUCGUUGACAGAGAAGAAAAGAAGACCUCAAUACAGAAAAGGUUUUGAUGUGAAACUCAUUAAUGUCAAUAGGACAUGUAAGGUUACUAAGGGGGGACAAGUUGUCAAGUAUACUGCUUUGUUGGCUUGUGGGAACUAUCACGGAGUUGUUGGUUUUGCAAAAGCAAAAGGUCCAGCUAUUCCCAUUGCCCUGCAAAAGGCAUAUGAGAAAUGCUUCCAGAACCUACAUUAUGUUGAACGGCAUGAGGAACAUACAAUCUCACAUGCAGUUCAAACAAACUACAAAAAGACCAAGGUAUAUCUGUGGCCUGCUCCUACUCAAACAGGGAUGAAAGCAGGUAGAACUGUCCAAACAAUUUUGCAUCUAGCGGGUUUCAGGAAUGUGAAAUCGAAGGUUGUUGGCUCAAGGAACCCACAUAACACAGUUAAAGCUCUCUUCAAAGCUCUAAAUGCGAUUGAGACACCCAAGGAUGUUGAAGAAAAGUUUGGGCGAACUGUUGUCGAAUCAUACUUACUGUAAUAGGCAUUCUCAACGUUUCUGUGGUGUUUCAUGGCACCUUUUUCGUCAUAGCGGAGCAUAAACCAAGGAGAGGUCGAAACCAUGAGCCCAUCAAUGGAUUGGCUAUCCUUUUCAUAAGCUAGUUUAACUUAUUUCUUUUACCUUUCCUUUUGGUGAUUUUAUUCUUGGUUUGGUUGUUGUUGGUGUAGUAGUGUUACAAAAUAGAUGAUGAUCUCUAGUAGACCAUUGUAGGAUUUUUGUUUUUACUUUUCCUAUUUCAGUUUCGAUUAGUUCACAAGAUUGAAUAGUCAAUUCUCCUUCGAACCUCGAUUCGAUUGUUCUCCAAGAAUAUUGAGCCGUGAAGAUACUACAUAUAUGUGGCCCGUUGUACUAAUCGAAUCAUUCAUUAAAGUUU